AAAAGAUAAAUUUUGCACAGAGUAAAGUGGAGAAAUCAUCUGGAUUUCGAAUAUCGUUUUGCCUGGUAGCAGAAAGGUAGCAAAUCGAAACAUGAAGACCAUGAUUCUACUGCUCUGUCUUCUAGGAUCAGCCCAGUCAUUACCAAAGCAGCUUAGCCCUGCUUUGGGAGUUCCUGCAACAAAACCAACUCCAGGUCAGGUGACACCACUACCUCAACAGCAACCAAAUCAGGUUUUUCCUUCCAUAAAUCUAAUACCAUUAACACAGCUGCUCACUCUGGGGUCAGACCUGCCAUUGUUUAACCCUGCUGCUGUGUCCCAUGGGACACAGAUGCUCCCCUUCACCCUGGGACCACUGAAUGGACAGCAACAGCUGCAACCCCAGAUGUUACCCAUUAUUGUGGCACAACUUGGAGCUCAGGGCACUCUCCUAAGCUCAGAGGAACUGCCAUUAGCCUCCCAAAUCUUCACAGGCCUCCUUAUCCACCCCUUGUUCCCUGGAGCCAUUCAGCCCUCCAGUCAGGCAGGGGCUAAACCAGAUAGGCAGAGUGGAGUCCUUCCUACGCGACAGGCAGGAGCGAGCCCUGCCAACCAGAGAACCACCCCUGGCCAUGUUACAACUGCUGGUGUCACAGAUGAUGAUGACUAUGAAAUGAGCACCCCUGCAGGCCUGCGGAGGGCCACACACACCACGGAUGGAACCACCAUAGACCCACCAAAUAGAACUCAGUAAGCUGUUUCAGAUCUCCCCAGCUACAUCACAUCACAACUGGAGGUUCUAUGUGAGUCAUCCUCAUUCAUCACAUGACGGAAAGGACUGAGACCCAGUGGAAGGUCUUGGGGGGCAGAAAGUUUUAAGUUUACCUGAAAUUUUUUUCUUGAAAUUUCAGGAGAUAUAUUGAAUGAAGAGAAUUCCAAGUUCAAAAAAAAAAAUCAUUACGUACAUCAAUUUGUCUUUGAAAAACUUUAGUAGGCCACUUGAGACAGACCUGGAAAAUGUGUGUAUUAAAAUAUAUUUUGAAAACUG